AUACCCCUGAUGUCACUAUAUAUUACACUAUCGAUGGAAGUAAACCACAACUUUCUAGGAGACUUGAUUGCAGAGAUCAUAACACUUUUAAGUACAAUGUACCAAUCACAUUACCAGAUGGCAAAAUAACUGUCAAAGCUCUGGCAGUCGCAAAAGACUACAGAGAGAGUGCCAUUGUAACAAAAGUAUUUGUAGUAGAAUAUGUAACUUCAUACACCCCUGUGCCUGAUGAAAAUAAGGAUGAGAAUUUCCUGAAAGACCGCUCCAAACAGGAGAUGGAAGGUGGAUUGUCUGAGUUAAGUCUAACAAAGAAAGAAAUGAAUGCAGAAAGCAAAUUCCAUUGGAACUAUGUUGCAGAGGAAUUACAAGCAGAAAGUUCUGUGCCUUCCCAUCUCAGUGAACCACAUCUGAAAAAAAAUUACUGGACUACCUUAAGUGAUAGAAAAGAGACUCACUCGGCCAUAUUGAUGCCUCAGUCACAGGGCAAAGUGCUAUGUUGUGUGUGUGGAGCAGAAAAUCCAAUUCAUAUUAAACACUGUGUGAUCUGCGACAACAAACUACCUGAAGCACAUAUGCCAGGUCUCUUUCCAUUCCAUUUCACCUGCUUCAAGUGUUCUGCAAGGAAUUAUCCACAUGAUCUGUUCUGUGGUACUUGUGGUGUCUUUAUUGAGCCAUCAUGCAGAUUAGACACUGAUGAUACACUCGUAAAUGCUGGAGAUGAUUUUGUGAUUUCCAAGAAUUAUAGCUUGCAGACCUGGCAGCAGUCGACUAAUUCAUUGCCAACACCAAGAACAAAUCUAGUAGAGAAAAAAGAACAAGGAACACAAACCACUGGCUUGUACUAUCCAUCCAGCAAACUUCUGGAGAAGAAAGAAUAUGAGCUAGUUUCACAAACAGGGAAGCAGAAUAAGGUACAUGAUCACAAGCCUCUGCUCACAGCCAUCAGUCCUGGAAGAGGUUACUGGAGGAAGCAACUAGAUCACGUUUGUGCACAUCUCAGAAGUUAUACACAGAAUAAUGUGGCAUUCCGGACAUCAAUUGGAGAACCUCAAAUGGGGAAGCUUAUUUCUGCUACAAUCCAUGAGGAUGGUUACCAAGUCAGUCUCCAUUUAAAUUAUGCACUUGCUAUAAAUAAGAAUAUUUUCACCAGUAAACCAGUGACAUUUGACUAUCAUGGUCUGAGACCAAAUGGCACAAUGGAAUUAAGUGAAAAUCAAGCUAAUUUGGCAACUGAAGCAAGUCAAAGAACACCAAGUCCUAACAAGCAAGUCAGAAGGAUAAUAAAAACAAGGAAAUAUCUAGAAAAGGAAGACAGGCUCACAAUUGAGUCAAGGCAGUUGUUGAAAGAAGUGGGUCCAAAAGGGCAGGGACAGCCUUUAUUGAUAGAACAACUGAUUGAUGAGGGAGCUGACCCCAACUAUACCAACAGUGAUGAGGAACCUGCUUUAACAUUGGCUGUCCUGAAUAAACAUCAUGAAGCUAUUCCUGUGCUUGUGCAGAAAGGCGCAGACAUUGACCACCAGUCAGGACCAGAGAACAAUACAGCUCUUCAUGAAGCAGUCUUGCUGGGCAUGGAAGGAUGGGAAUGCAUUGAAGCAUUGCUAGGAUGUAAUGCCGACAUUAGAAAGAAAAACACCAGAGGACUGUCAGCUUCUGACUUGGCACUAAAGAGUGGCAAUGACAAAAUAGUGUCCUUGUUUGCUAAUCAGACUGAGAAUGAGUGACGAGCCCCAGGUCACCCAGUGAAUUUCAUGGCUUGGUAUCUUGAAGCACAAUGGUAUGGAAUUAUAUACAGUGGUGCCUCGCAAGACAAAUGCCUCACAGGACAAA